AUGACUGUGCUAAAUCACUUUUAUGAUUUGUCUGACCUAAAGCUUAAUGUUAGCAAAACUGAACUUUAUUCUGUUGGUAUCUCUGCUAGAAAUCUGGAUAUUAUUAAAUCUGCUACUGGGUUCAAGCAUGGUUUUCUACCUGUUAGAUAUCUUGGAGUUCCACUUGUCACUAAGAAAUUAUCUGAAAAAGACUGUUUGCCUCUUAUUGACAACAUUAAGCAUAGGCAUCAUAAUUGGGCUGGAAAAUUCUUGAGCUAUGCUGGUAGACUCGAGCUUAUUAAAACUGUUUUAUACAGUGUUGUCAACUUCUGGAGUAGGCAAUUUAUCCUUCCCCAGAAAGUUGUUAAACGUCUUGAACAACUAUGCUCUAGGUUUCUUUGGAAAGGUUCUGAUAUAGCAGCUUCUGGUGCAAGGAUAAGUUGGGACAAAAUCUACUACCCCAAAUCUGAAGGUGGACUAGGGUUAAAAAAUAUUAGCUCUUGGAACAAAACUUGCAUGGUUCACCUUAUCCGGAAAUUACUUGCUGGUCAGGGAUCUCUUUGGAUAGCAUGGGUUCACUGUUAUGUCAUUAAAAGUAAAAGCUUCGCUGAAAUCAAUGAAUGUCCAUCAUAUAGUUGGUGUUUUAAGAAACUUAUCAGACUAAGGAGUGAAGCUUUGCCCAUUAUUAAUUAUGGUUUAACGAGGACAAGAAAUUUAUGGGAGGAACUGAGAGUUCACAAAACUAAGGUUCCUUGGCACAAAAUAGUUUGGUUCCCACUCCACAUACCUAAACUCAGUCCAACUCGGGAUAGGCUUACUAAAAUGGGGAUUGCUUCUGAUGAGUUAUGUGUUUUAUGUAAUGAAUUUCCAGAAAACAGGAACCAUCUGUUUGUGCACUGUACUUAUGCUACUUCACUGUGGAACACUAUUUUGCGUCUUACUUCUUUGAGUAACAAUCACAGUACUUGGGAAUCUAGGAUUACUUGGGCUAUUCUGGAAUGGAAGGGUAAAUCCCUUCUUAUCAUCAUUUUGAAAUUAGCAUGGACUGCUUUUAUCUAUUCAGUUUGGGAAGAAAGGAACAGAAGAAUUUUCAGAGGAGAGUCGAGAACGAUUGAUCAAGUUAUUAGGGUUAUUAAAGACUUUGUCCGAAUCAAACUUAGUGACAGGAAUCUUAAUAGAACUGAUGGAGUUAAUAUUAACCUUUGUAAUUACUGGGGUAUAGACUAA